AUUUAAACAACCUGCAGCACAAGCGCCAACGAAUCACUUCAUCUCCUCAGCGGAUAAGAACGAAACCGUGGAUUAAUAUUGUGCACUGACCAAGCAUUAAAGCCAAAAUGACAGAGUUGCAGUCUUCACAACCAAAUGAGAAGAUGAGUCUAAGUGCCAUUGAACUGACUGAAUUCUUCACCAUGUGGGAAGAAUUAAACUUCACAGACGACAGUGACAACAACUCGCGGGUGGAAACGCAAAUGUGCCCCACAUCCUUCAACCGUUCUGCUCUCCUCCAUUCUAUGUGCACCCUCUACGCCUUCAUUUUUGUUGUGGGCCUGGCCGCCAACGCGCUAGUAGUGUGGGUCAACUUGCGCUCGGAGCGUCAUUACCACGACACACACUUGUAUAUAUUAAACCUAGCGGUGGCUGACCUGUGUGUGGUCGCUACUCUGCCGGUGUGGGUGAGCUCGCUGGCACAGGGCGGUCACUGGCCGUUUGGCCAGGCAGCUUGUAAGCUCACACAUCUACUCUUCAGCGUCAACCUUUUCGCCAGCAUCUUCUUUCUGGUCUGCAUGAGUGUGGACCGGUAUCUUUCGGUGGUCCGCUCGGGGGAGAUUUCUCAAAGACGAGGACAACAAAUACGACGUUUAGUGUGUGUGGUAACAUGGCUGCUUGCUUUAUUCGCCUCAAUACCUGACACAUACUUCCUGCAGUCUGUAAAGUCACUACACAGUCAUGUGACUUUGUGUCAUCCUGUAUAUCCUCAAGACAACCCUUUGCAGUGGAUGGUGGGCAUUCAGCUGAGUUUUGUGGUUCUUGGUUUUGUCAUACCCUUCCCCAUUAUAGCAGUGUCCUAUGCACUGUUAGCAAACACUCUGGCUUCCCCUUCCUCUCAUUCCCCUUCAAAUGGCGACCAGGAUCGCAGCGUGAGCAGGAAGGUCAUCCUCACGUACAUAGUGGUUUUCAUAGCUUGCUGGGCACCAUAUCAUGCUGUGCUGUUAGCCGAUGCGCUAGCGAUGCUAGGUGUGUUCCCACUGGGCUGCAGUUCAGAGAACGGCCUUUUUGUGGCGCUGCACCUUACUCAAUGUCUGUCGCUGCUGCACUGCUGUGUGAACCCUGUGGUCUAUAGCUUUGCUCACCGUCACUACCGCUAUGAUCUCAUGAAAGCCUUCAUCUUUAAAUACUCCAAACGUACAGGGUUGGCGCGACUCAUGGAGGGCUCUCAGGGCACCGAGAUGGAGUAUGCAAUGGUGGAAAACACCCCUACGGCUGUGAGCUAGGACACUCAAGAACAUCACCCUCAACCAAAGUUCUGCACUGCUUCAAAAUAUGAACUCCUCUGACAUGUUUUCCUGGAAUUUAGAUAAACAAAACUAAAUGUUUUCCGUCAAAAUUGCAGCAAAUGCUCAAUAGUGACUCCAAAGAUUCUGAAUAAUUCAUUUGAAAUGUUCCAAAGACUGAUGGGAAUUUGUAAAAUCAGAACCACUUUGAGAUGUUUUCAUGAAAUUCUGGUAAAAUUGACCAUGCGUUCUGUCAAAAUUGCACCAAAGCAGUGACACCAAAGCUACUAAUCAAUUCAUCUGAAAUGUUCCAAAGACUGAUUUUAACAACCUGAUCUCACAGAAUUCCGUGUAAUGUUCACGGACUUAAUUAACCCCGAAUCUGUGGUGGCAUCACGGAAUCGCCGAAAAUUCCGUGAUGGGCUCACAGAAGGCAUCAGCCGUGGUCCAUGCACGGAUUCACUGGUUCAACACCAGCGCUGCAUCGGACCACGUAAAAAGAGUGACUCCGAUGCAGUUAUACUUUCACUGGAGUACCUGACCCCACCCCUACCCUAAACCUACCCAGUUCUGAACAAUAAUGAUGACAAUAAAUUUCCCAGUAUCGCGUCGGCAUAUUGAUGCUAAGGGUUUCCGUGCGUGGAGCACGGCUGAUGCCUGUCACUGACUUACAUUGGUAUCACUUCUGUGAGCCCAUCACGGAAUUUUCGGCGAUUCCGUGAUGCCACCACAGAUUCGGAGGUUAAUUAAGUCCGUGAACAUUACACGGAAUUCUGUGAGAUCAUGUUGGAUUUUAACAUCAGAACCAUGAACAUUCAAACAAUGAAUCGAUUCCAAAUUAACUGGCAGCCUAAAUUUGGUCGUUUUGAACCAAUUUAGAGAAACCUGGUUUUAGUGUGUUACAGCUUGACGCUGUAUCAUUCGAAAAAGGGAAUUUCCCAUAAUUGUGUCCAAUUAUGACUUCCCAAAACUGUUUGAUGGCUUUCAGUCAUCUAAAUAUGAUAUAUAAUGCAAUAUUCAAAAAUUAAGGCGUGUGAAAAAAAAAAUUAAGCUGUAAAUAAAACAAAAAUUAUUGGAGUUAGUCUUACAAGAAAAAAUACAAUGCCAGUCUUUCUACUUCUAAAUUUUGUUUACUGUUAUUUGCUAUUUCCUCAUAAUUAUUUGUGAAAUUUACUAGCAAUUUCGGAGAGAAAAUGCUUUCUGUAACAUUUUUAUGUUACUGUCUAAGGUCAACAAUCCAUUAAUAUUGUGAUAAAGUUCAUACAUUUUUUUAUUUAUGACAGUUCUCCUGUACGUAAUGUAACGGUAUAGGUAUGUAGCUCUAGUUCUCUGCUUAAAUGUGUUCAUAUUUAGCUCAAUCGCUACUGAUUAAAUUGUGAAAAGCACUUUCUUUGAUAAAAGAGGGGCUUUUGUGUCUGUGGCAAGAGAAUUGGCAUUACUUUUGUAUUUUGAACUGUCAGUGUUCACGUUCUGCGCAACAGCACAUUCCAACAUGUUUUGAAGGAUGGAACAAGUCAUAAAGAACUUAUUUUUAACUGGAUUUUUAUUGUGGGACUGUGUUUGCACUUCAUUGUAGGUUUUGUUCAUGUGUGUAUAUGAUGUUUUAUGACAGGCUGUCAGCUUGUAACAGGGCCAGAGGGCCUCAUGUGUGUACUUGGAAGGGCAUUUACUUUAAAGCUUAUUUUUCUCUUAUAGAUGAUAUAUAUUUCAAAUAUCUGAAAAGUAAGUUAAGUAUGUUGUUAUAUUUAUCUUUACUUGCAUCACUUUUUAUUAUUUUGAUAUUUUCUGUUGGAACACUGAAUACUUAAAUGUGCUUGGGAAUAAAUAAUUUGAUUCACAAUGCUUAUUAAAAAGAUCUUGUCUCAGUGUAAUAUUUAAGAAAUAAUGAAACAUCAAAUGUGUCUUCUAUAAAAGUGUUUUUUUUUUCUUCUCUCACACACUUGCAUAUAUAGCUUCUCUAUGCUAUCUGAUGGAAUAUGAUGCAUGGUUAGGAUUAACCCAUGUGUGAGCUGGAAUUAAUAUGGAUUCAAUCUAGCUAUACCUUUUAUCUUUGAUUAUCAAAAUCAACCCUGUAGUAUAACUGGUUCACCAUCUGUUCAACAAUGGUGGCCCCUUUUUAUUUACAUCCUGAGGGCAUCAUGAAAACUUAAAGGUAAUGGCUACAACCUACAAGACUGUACUACAGGAUACAGUUUCAAACAACGGUGGUGGAAGUUUUUGGUUUAACUGAAAAUACAUCUCAAGAUGUUAUAACUACAGGACAUUAAAUUGCAGUCAAAAAGCCUUAACCAAAUUCUGUACAUGUAUGUUAAAAAUAUGUAGAACAUUUUGUAAAUGUAAAUGGAUAUAACUGGAACUACAUAAAUGACUAUGGAAAUAAAUGUACUGUCUCAUCUCUUCUUUCAGUAUCUCAUGCUGACCUAUAAACUCUAAGAAGCUUUCUAGAAUGAAAUGUUCAAUAAA